AUGGCUCGUCUCUUCAUUUUUCUAAACAUCUUCUUCGUUUUAGUAGCAACCACCACAUCUUUGACUGAACACAACCCAAAGCCUAAGCCAAGACCAAAGCAAAAGCCUCAUGCUUUUGUACUUACGGUCUUUAAAGACACCCAAACCGGUAUCUACUACACCAACGUGACCGUCGGCAAACCAUCCCUUGUGGUUAACCUAGCCGUAGACGUUAGAGGCUCAGCCUUAUGGUUCCAGUGCGACGAGCUCGGCUAUAACUCAACCACCUACACCCCUAUUCUCUGUGGGUCCAACGGCUGCGAACAAACUAAAGAUCAGUGCCUCACUUGCAUGGGCACCUACGGACCAUCUUGCAGAAACGACACUUGUCACGCUUACCUCCAAACCCAAAUGACCUACAACACUGUCCUCGCUUCUCUAGUUAAAGAUGAUGUUGUCCUAAGCUACACGUCACCAUCAACUAGGCUCCCUCUCGCUUGCAUGUCUGCGUCAGAGGUCGUGGCCGGGCUUCCGUAUGGUACUCAGGGCAUUCUCGGACUCGGUAAUAGCUCAACGUCUUUCGUUAAAGCCAUGGUCUCUUCUUACAAGAUUCCCUUUAAAGUAGCUCUUUGUUUGCCUUCUAAGCCCGGAAAUGAUUCCGGGGCUGUUUACAUAGGCGGCCGCCCAUAUAGGCUGAGGCCGAACCGUAAAGAUGUUAGUGGGUUAUUAGUUUCCACUCCUCUUGUCUCAAUCCCGGAGACAAGAGAACGAGGGGAGGAUAACUAUUACAUAGACGUGAAAUCUAUCCAAGUCAACGGAAAGAAGCUCUCUUUUAAUCAUGAUUUGUUGACUUUUAACAAGACGAGUCAUUGGGGAGGUACAAAGAUCAGCAACAUAAUCCCUUACACUCUCUUGGAGACUUCCAUCUACAAAGCUCUUGCUAAAGCCUUCGUUGGGAAAGCUCAGAAGCGAAAAGCCAUAUAUCCUUUCACUGACUGUUUUAGCUAUAAAAGUUUUGGAGGAAAGUCUCUUUUGGAGAAAGAGGUUCCGGUGAUUAGUUUGGUUUUGGGAGGAGGAGCCAAGUGGGAUAUCUAUGGACCAAACUCGCUUGUGAAGGUGAAGAAGACCGUUUUGUGUUUAGCUUUUGUGGAUGCUGGAGACGGUCCGAGAAUUCCUAUUGAGAUUGGAGGAUAUCAGAUGGAAGAUAAUCUAGUUGAGUUUGAUCUUGAUGCCUCUAAGUUUUCUUUCUCUUCUUCUCUUUUGCGUCACAAUACUUCAUGUAGUGGACUGUGA